CCUCCGGAGCCGGUUUGGACUGCUUGUGUGGGAGCAGGCACGGGGCGGGGGAGCGAGCAGAGCCCCCAGCCCUCUGAUGGGCAGUGGGGAGCCCGGUGGGAGCCCUGAUGGGCGUGUGAAAGUCUGCGGCCGGAGGAAGUUGGUCCCACUCGGAGGGCGGGCGACGCGGAGGCUCGGGGCGAAGAGGAACUUGCGCACCGGGCGCGAUCCUCGGCCGAGGCGGGGAGGGCGAGGCGGCACGGGGCCAGCGCUUGGAGCAGGCGGGAGGCUGCGCUGCAGAGCCACCACCACCAACCCGGGGGCUCAGGGCGGUGGCGAAGAGCGCCCGCUGUUUACGAAGAGAGCCUAGGAGCGCCCUGUUCUGGGGCGGCUAGUGGCACGUGUAGUCCCGGCGGACUUCUGGCUGCCCGGUUGCUCCCGGGAACACGUACCCAUGUCCCGACGACGACCGAGCUUGUCCGCUUUUAAGCCGAGGCCGAGCGAGGCUUAAUUUGCUGCUAAUGAAUCUUUUCCAGAAGUCCGCGACCUCCAGCUAGACGUUACUAGACGCUUGAAGCCAAGCUGCCAUCCGAGAGGACGACAUGCUUUCAGCAACUCCCCUGUAUGGGAACGUUCACAGCUGGAUGAACAGCGAAAGGGUCCGCAUGUGUGGAACAAGUGAAGACAGGAAAAUUCCUGUGAAUGAUGGUGACGCUUCAAAAGCCAGGCUGGAACUGAGGGAGGAGAAUCCCUUGAAUCACACCGUGGUGGAUACCAGUGGCGCCCAUCGGAUUGAUGGCCUGGCAGCACUGAGCAUGGACCGCACAGGCCUCAUCCGGGAAGGGCUCCGAGUCCCUGGAAACAUCGUCUAUUCUGGCUUAUGUGGACUGGGCUCAGAAAAGGGUCGGGAGGCUGCCUCAAGCUCUCUCAGUGGCCUUGGGUUUUCUUCAGAAAGAAAUCCAGAGAUGCAAUUCAAACCGAAUACUCCUGAGACAGUGGAGGCUUCUGCUGUUUCUGGAAAGGCCCCAAAUGGCUUCAGUGCUAUAUACAAAACACCGCCUGGAAUACAAAAAAGUGCUGUGGCCACAGCAGAAAGCUUGGGUUUGGACAGACCUGCCAGCGACAAACAGAGCCCUCUUAACAUCAACGGUGCUAGUUACCUGCGGCUGCCCUGGGUCAACCCUUACAUGGAGGGGGCCACUCCAGCCAUCUAUCCUUUCCUCGACUCGCCAAAUAAGUAUUCACUGAACAUGUACAAGGCCUUGCUACCUCAGCAGUCCUAUGGCUUGGCCCAGCCACUGUAUUCGCCAGUCUGCACCAGUGGGGAACGCUUCCUCUACCUGCCGCCCCCACACUAUGUUAACCCCCACAUCCCCUCCUCCUUGGCUUCACCCAUGAGGCUUUCCACACCUUCAGCCUCUCCGGCCAUUCCACCUCUCGUCCACUGCUCAGACAAAAGCCUCCCGUGGAAGGUGGGCGUCAGCCCUGGGAACCCUGUUGAUUCCCAUAAUUAUCCCCACAUCCAAAACAGUAAACAGUCCAGGGUGCCCUCCGCCAAGGCAGUCAACAGUGGCCUGCCAGGCGACGCAGCUCUCCUGCUGCCCCCUUCACCUCGGCCCUCACCUCGUGUCCACCUCCCCACGCAGCCCACUGCAGAGACCUACUCCGAGUUCCACAAGCAUUAUCCCAGGAUCUCCACCUCCCCCUCAGUCACCCUGACGAAGCCAUACAUGACAGUCAGUAGCGAGUUCCCCACAGCCAGACUGUCCAAUGGCAAGUACCCCAAGGCUCCAGAUGGGGGUGAUUGUGCCCAGCCCAUGUCUGGGCACACCCGGAAGACAACGAUUCAAGACAGAAAAGAUGGGGGCUCACCACCUCUGUUGGAAAAGCAGACUGUUACCAAAGAUGUCACGGAUAAACCACUGGACUUGUCUUCUAAAGUGGUGGAUGGAGACACUUCCAAAGCUGACCACAUGAAAAAGAUGGCUGCCACAGUCCUGGUUCACAGCCGGGCUGCAAGUGGAUUAGUGCUCUCCGGAAGUGAGAUUCCAAAAGAAACGCUAUCUCCUCCAGGAAAUGGCUGUGCUAUCUAUAGAUCAGAAAUCAUCAGCACUGCUCCCUCAUCCUGGGUGGUGCCAGGGCCAAGUCCUAAUGAAGAGAACAAUGGCAAGAGCAUGUCGCUGAAAAACAAGGCGUUGGACUGGGCAAUACCACAGCAGAGGAGUUCCUCCUGUCCUCGCAUGGGGGGCACAGACGCUGUGAUCACUAACGUUUCAGGGUCGGUGUCCAGCUCGGGACGCCCAGCCUCCGCCUCACCAGCCCCCAAUGCCAAUGCAGAUGGUACCAAGAGCAGCAGCAGGAGCUCUGUGGACAGCACGCCAUCAGUCAUUCAGCACGCGGGCCAGCCCCCAGCCACGCCUGCCAAGCACAGUGGCAGCAAGGGAGCCAAAGCCAGCAACCCAGAACCGAGCUUCAAAGCGAGUGAGAAUGGCCUCCCGCCAAGCUCAAUAUUUCUAUCUCCAAAUGAAGCAUUCAGGUCCCCACCAAUUCCCUACCCUAGGAGUUACCUCCCUUACCCAGCACCAGAAGGCAUCGCUCUAAGUCCCCUCUCUUUACAUGGCAAAGGACCUGUGUACCCUCACCCAGUUUUGUUACCCAAUGGCAGUCUGUUUCCUGGGCACCUUGCCCCCAAGCCUGGCCUGCCCUAUGGGCUGCAUACAAGCCGGCCAGAGUUUGUGACCUAUCAAGAUGCCCUGGGCUUGGGCAUGGUACAUCCCAUGCUGAUCCCACACACCCCCAUGGAGAUCACGAAAGAGGAGAAACCGGAGAGACGGUCCCGCUCCCAUGAGAGAACCCGUUAUGAGGACCCAAGCCUCCGCAGUCGGUUUUCUGAGAUGUUGGAAGCCAGCAGCACCAAACUACACCCAGAAGUCCCCGCUGAGAAGAACCUGAAGCCAAACCCUGGCUGGAAUCAAGGCAAAAGCGGCCUCAAAAGCGACAAGCUAGUCUACGUAGACCUCCGAGAAGAAGCCGAUUCUAAAACUGAUGCAGGAGCAUCCAAACCAGGCCUUGUAGCCGAGAGUGUGGGCCAGACCACAGAGCCCAGCAAGCCCGCGGCUGACCCUGUGACCAUGCAGCACCGUGAUUUCAUCUCCCUCAGAGAGGAGCUGGGCCGCAUCAGUGACUUCCACGAAUCUUAUGCUUUCAAACAGGCCCCGAGCCAGCCAGUGUUCAGCUUAGGCAAGGACAGUGUUGCAGCAGGAACCAACAAAGAGAACCUGGGGGUGCCGGUGGCAACCCCAUUCUUGGAGACAACUCUGGCCACCGAGGCCCCUGCUGUGACUUUUGGUAAAACCCAAGAGGAUCCCAAACCAUUUUGCGUGGGCAGCGCCCCACCGAGCAUGGAUGUCACUCCCACCUAUACCAAAGAUGGAACUGAUGAGGCAGAAGCCAACGAUGGCAAAGUUCUGAAACCGAAGCCAUCCAAGCUGGCAAAGAGAAUUGCUAACUCGGCAGGUUACGUGGGCGACCGAUUCAAGUGUGUCACUACCGAACUGUACGCAGAUUCCAGUCAGCUCAGCCGAGAGCAGCGGGCAUUGCAGAUGGAAGGAUUACAAGAGGACAGUAUUUUAUGUCUACCCGCUGCUUACUGUGAGCGUGCAAUGAUGCGCUUCUCAGAGUUGGAGAUGAAAGAGAGAGAAGGUGGCCACCCAGCAACCAAAGACUCCGAGGUGUGCAAAUUCAGCCCAGCCGACUGGGAAAGGUUGAAAGGAAGUCAGGACAAAAAGCCAAAGUCAGUCGCCCUGGAAGAGGCCAUUGCCGAGCAGAAGGACAGUGAGCGAUGCGAGUAUAGCACUGGAAACAAACAUGAUCUCUUUGAAGCCCCAGAGGACAAAGAUCUUCCUGUGGAAAAGUAUUUCUUGGAGAGGCCGCCUGUGAGCACGGGCGAGCCACCCGCUGACCAGGGGGUGGUGGACAUGCCACACAGCCCCACCCUCCGGCUAGACAAGAAACGCAAAGCGUCAGGUGACAGCACCCACGUUGAGGCCACUGUGGAAGGGCUGCCAGAGGACCCUCUGAAAGCCAAGCGGAGACGGGUCUCCAAAGAUGACUGGCCUGAGAGGGGAAUGACAAACAGUUCCUCUAACCACUUAGAAGACCCACAUUAUAGUGAGCUGACCAACCUGAAGGUGUGCAUUGAAUUAACAGGGCUCCAUCCUAAAAAGCAACGCCACUUGCUGCACCUUAGAGAACGGUGGGAGCAGCAGGUGUCGGCAGCAGAGAGCAAACCUGGCCGCCAAAGCCGGAAGGAAGUGACCCAGGCUGCUCAGCCUGAGGUCACCUCCCAGGGGAAUAACGUCACUGAAGAGAAGCCUGGCAGGAAAAAGGCAGAGGCCAAAGGCAACAGAGGCUGGUCUGAAGAGUCCCUCAAACCCAGUGACAAUGAACAAGGCUUGCCUGUGUUCUCCGGCUCUCCGCCCAUGAAGAGCCUUUCAUCCACCAAUGCAAGUGGCAAAAAGCAGACUCAGCCAAGCUGCACGCCAGCCUCGAGGCUGCCUGCCAAACAGCAGAAAAUUAAAGAAAGCCAGAAGACAGAUGUGCUGUGCACAGACGAAGAAGAGGAUUGCCAGGCUGCCUCCCCGCUGCAGAAAUACACCGACAACAGCGAGAAGCCAUCCGGGAAGAGACUCUGCAAAACCAAGCACUUGAUCCCUCAGGAGCCCAGGAGGAGCUUGCCGGUCCCGGGAGAGUACUACGUGGAGAGCAAUGACAGCAAGAUGACCGUGCGGAGAUUCAGAAAACGACCUGAGCCCAGUUCAGACUACGAUUUGUCACCAGCCAAGCAGGACCCAAAGCCCUUUGACCGUUUGCAGCAAUUGCUGCCGGCCACCCAGGCCACCCAGCUGCCACGCUCAAGUUCUCCUCAAGAGACCACGCAGUCUCGUCCCAUGCCACCAGAAGCUCGGAGACUUAUUGUCAACAAGAAUGCUGGCGAGACCCUCCUGCAGCGUGCUGCCCGGCUGGGCUAUGAGGAAGUGGUCUUAUACUGCCUGGAGAACAAGAUCUGUGACGUGAAUCAUCGAGACAACGCUGGUUACUGUGCACUGCAUGAAGCUUGUGCCAGGGGAUGGCUCAACAUAGUUCGUCACCUCCUUGAAUAUGGCGCCGAUGUCAACUGCAGUGCCCAGGAUGGAACCAGGCCUCUGCAUGAUGCUGUGGAGAAUGACCACUUAGAAAUUGUCCGAUUGCUUCUUUCCUAUGGUGCUGACCCUACUUUGGCCACAUACUCAGGUAGAACCAUCAUGAAAAUGACCCACAGUGAACUGAUGGAGAAGUUUUUAACAGACUAUUUAAAUGACCUACAGGGCCGGAGUGAUGAGGACCCCAGUGGCGCUUGGGAGUUCUAUGGCAGCUGCGUGUGUGACCCAGAUGAUGAAAGUGGGUAUGAUGUUCUGGCUAAUCCCCCGGGACCAGAGGACCAAGAUGAGGAGGAGGAUUCCUACAGUGAUAUGUUUGAGUUUGAGUUCUCCGAAAGCUCCCUCCUGCCGUGUUAUAACAUCCAGGUGUCCGUCGCUCAGGGGCCACGAAACUGGCUGCUGCUAUCAGAUGUACUCAAGAAGUUGAAAAUGUCCUCCCGGAUAUUCCGCUGCAAUUUUCCCAAUAUGGAAAUCGUCACCAUUGCAGAGGCAGAGUUCUACCGACAGGUCUCUGCAAGUCUCCUGUUCUCCUGCCCCAAAGACCUGGAAGCCUUCAACUCGGAAAGCAAGGAGCUGUUAGAUCUGGUGGAAUUCACCAAUGAGCUCCAGACCCUGCUGGGCUCCAGCGUGGAGUGGCUCCACCCUAGCGACACAGUCCCUGAGGGCUACUGGUGAGCCACCUGCCCUGCCCCACCUGCCCUGCCCCGCCCCGCCCUGCCCUGCCCGCCCACCCACUGUGUACAGUGUGUUAUAGUGUUAAUCCUUGUGCAUAUGUGUCAUACAUACUACGACGAUUUCUGUAAAGAAAGGACACUAUUACAUAUGAGAAUAUCUCUUUAUAUAAGAGACGUUACUCCAGUCCGAAGAACCUAGAAGCCCGUGUUUUCUUUCUAAACUUUUAAGUCAGUUUUUAUGAAGCUGUUCAAAUGUCUUUAUUUUUCAGUGCACACAUGCUUUGAGAAAUGUAUGUUUGUUUUUACUUGGAACAUUUUUCUUUUCUUUUCUAAGGAGAAAAAAUAAAAAUAUUAAAAAAAAGAAAAAGGAGCCCCAUACUUUAAUGUUAUUUCUUUCAUACAAAGCUCUGGUGACGGGCCAUGGCUGUAUCGUGUGGUCAGAGUCGUGUGGGUGGUUUGGGGGAGUGAAUUGGGUGAGGACACUUGGUGGCGAUGUGCUUUUAUGUUUUGUUUACAGAGUACCUGCUCACGCCAGGUAAAUGCUAUUGGAUGCAAUCCAGUAGUAUGUAAUAUAAAUUCAAACCAUAUCCACACACAACAACUAAUUGUAUGAAACUUUUGUAUCCUAAUUUAAAAGCUGUGAAAUUACUUUUCACACAUCAAACCGGAUUGUUUAUAUGUUUAAACAGUUUAUGCUCUUAUUUAAAGAAGACUUUGAGCUAUUUUUUUCUGUACCCUGUAAAAUAUUGAAAACUAACAUAAUAUGUUGAGGUUGCUUGAAAAUGUACAUAAAACUAAAAUUUUCUGACUUGUGUGUUUAUGUUUGAAAUCUGUGUUUUAACUUUGUAAGUAAAUCUCUGCCUUUGUAUUUAUAUUUUACAAAAAUUUUCUUAAAAGGCAAUAAACCUGUUGAGGAAAGGA